AUGGAUGGCCGAGACAGGAACAUCAUUCUGGAAAGCCAAAACAAAUGGGAGCUUCCUGUCCCGUACAUUUUGGACAAGAGCCUCGACCUGAAUGCCAAAGGGGUUAUUCUACGUGCUUUUGAGCAAAUACGGCUGAAGACCUGUGUUGACUUCAAACCCCGGGAGGAGGAGCCACACUACAUCCUAGUCAUUAAAGAUGAUGGAUGCUGGUCAUAUGUUGGGAAUCAACAUGGGGGAAACCAAAGUCUCUCUAUUGGCCAGUGGUGUGAUCACAUUGCAAUUGUGGAGCAUGAGUUUCUCCACGCACUGGGCUUCUGGCAUGAGCAGUCCAGAUAUGACAGAGAUGACCAUGUGACCAUUGUCUGGGAAAACAUUGAAGAAGGGAAGGAACACAAUUUUUUAAAGCACACUUCAAGCUCCACUACUACACUUGGUACUCCAUAUGACUACUUGUCGGUGAUGCACUAUGAUAAAGAUGCCUUCUCUAACGGCAACGGGUCCACCAUCAUCACCAAUCAACCAGAGUACCAGGAUAUAAUUGGCCAACGUCAAGAUAUGAGUGCCAAUGACAUUCUGAAGUUAAGAAUGCUUUAUAACUGCACAUCUGCUGUCACCUUUCUGGACUCAUGCAACUUUGAGGAUGAGAAGCUGUGCGAUAUGACCUUUUGUGCUAAAGGAAAUGCCACCUGGGAGGGAGUGGAGAGCACCAACACUGGGCCUUUCUCAGACCACACCAACCUGGGUGCACAUGGAGAAACUGAAACAGCAUCUACUCUUUCAAACGAUACAUUGACCAAUCAAACUGGUAGAGGUUUCUUCAUGCACUGUAACACAGCUUUUGGAAAAGUGGGAGACGGAGCCAAAAUGCAGAGCAGGAGAAUGAAUCCAAAAAGACAGUUUCAGUGCCUCCAGUUUUUCUAUUAUCACAGUGGGAGUGACCAGGACCAGCUCAACAUCUGGAUCAGGGAGCAUGUAAAAGAGGGAAAUGCAAAGGAAACCAUUCGUCUAAUGGACCAGAUCACAGGUCCAUCACAGUCUUUUUGGAAACUCCACCAUGUUCCUCUGAACGCCACCAAGCCCUUUCAGGUGGAGUUUGAGGUUCGCAAAGGAGCAGGAAUCUCUUCAGGAGGCUUUUCCAUUGAUGACAUCAACCUGUCUGAGACUGAGUGUCCACAUCAUGUCUGGCACAUCACCAACUUUGAUAAAUUUCUGACAAACAGUACCGUUGGCACAACGUUACUGAGUCCACGGUUCUUAACCAGAGAGGGCUACGGAGUCCAGCUCCUCUUGUAUCUUUACUCUGAUCGCUUUGGAAUUUUCUUCCGGCUGGUGUCCACCGACUGGGAUGAGCAGCUGCAGUGGCCAUGCGCUCGGAGGCAGGUGACUAUGCUUCUGUUGGACCAGCGCCACCAUAUCCAGCAGCGGAUGUCCAGGCAGUUCAGCAUCACAACCAAUUCAGAGAGAACAUUCACUGGAAACGAUGGAGAGGUAUUUCUCCACUGGGAUAACCCAAGGAAAGUGGGGCGUCUUGUAAAUGACUCCAGUGGAGGCUCGUACUACGCUGGCCCAAGCUUUGGCUACCGGUACUUCCUCUACUUUGAUGCAUUCUGGUCUGGAAACUUUUUAAAAGGAGGGGAUGUCUUCUUUCUUCUCAGUUUUGAUGAUUUAUCGAGUCUGCACCUAAACAACUCAGACCUGAAGGAUCCCGUGUGGACCAACUUGAAUCACGCCACACUGAUACACUCAGAUGACAGCAGGACCUGCCUAAACCGACUGUAA